UUUUCCAAAUCAAGCAACGGAGGACUCUCCUCGAAGAAAAAUGGGAAGGGGCAAGAUAGAGAUCAAGCGAAUCGAGAACACCACCAACAGGCAGGUCACCUUCUGCAAGCGUCGCAACGGUUUGCUCAAGAAGGCCUACGAAUUGUCCGUCCUCUGCGACGCCGAGGUUGCUCUUAUCGUCUUCUCCAGCCGUGGCCGUCUCUAUGAAUAUGCUAACCACAGUGUUAAAACAACAAUUGAGAGGUACAAGAAGACCUUGGCUGAUUCUUCAAACUCUGGAUCUGUUUCAGAGGCCAAUGCUCAGUUCUACCAGCAAGAAGCCAACAAGCUGCGCCAACAGAUAGGCAUUUUACAGAACUCAAACAGGCAUUUGAUGGGAGAGGCUCUUAGCACUAUGACUGUUAAAGAACUCAAGCAGCUGGAGGGUAGAUUGGAGAAAGGCAUCAGCAGAAUUCGAUCCAAAAAGAAUGAGCUGUUGUUUGCUGAAAUCGAAUAUAUGCAGAAAAGGGAGAUAGACUUGCAAAACGAUAACAUGAUGCUUCGUGCAAGGAUAGCAGAGAAUGAGAGAGCCCAGCAGCAAAUGAGCAUGAUACCUGCAUCUGAAUAUGAGGUCAUGCCUCCUCAAUCUUUUGACUCUCGGAACUUCCUCCAAGUAAAUCUACUGGAACCCAACCACCAUUACUCUCGCCAAGAGCAAACAGCACUCCAGCUAGGUUAAUAUGGUCAAAGGACAUAUUUCUGGAGAGCAUUCUCUUUCUGUCUUUCUUCUUUUUGGGAGAGUCAGUAUCCUUCCCUGGUGAUAUCUACAGGCAUUUUGAGAAAGCUAAGAACCAGAGGUGGUGGAAUAACACAAACAAGGGUCUUAGCAUGCUUUCUAGUUAUUGCUAUGUUGUUAGAGAAGGAUGUUGUAAACCUGCUGUAUCUGAUGAACUCAGUAUUCCUACUUUUUUACUGUAUGAUUUAUUCUCAUGAUAAUGUGCAUGCAUGUCCCUAUGGACUUGUUACAAUAUUUAUA